GUGGCGGCGGCGGCCGGAGGCCGGGGCUGGGGCUGAGGCGGGGGUCGGGGCUGCAAGGCCCGCGGGGCGGCAGGCAGCGGCGGCCCGGGGCUCAAGCCCGGAUACGGGAGCGGCCACCAUGGCCGAGAGCAUCAUAAUUCGUGUUCAGUCCCCAGAUGGGGUGAAGCGGAUCACAGCAACAAAGAGAGAAACAGCUGCAACAUUUUUGAAAAAGGUUGCAAAGGAGUUUGGCUUCCAAAAUAACGGCUUCUCAGUUUACAUCAAUAGAAACAAGACUGGAGAAAUAACAGCGUCAUCUAACAAAUCCCUCAACCUGCUGAAGAUCAAGCAUGGAGAUUUGUUGUUCCUGUUUCCCUCGAGCCUUGCUGGACCAUCGUCUGAGAUGGAGACAUCGGCCCCACUGGGGUUAAAAGCCUGUGGUGCUCCCAAUGUGGUGGAAGAUGAGAUCGACCAGUACCUCAGCAGGCAGGACGGGAAGAUCUACAGGAGCCGUGACCCACAGCUGUGCCGACAUGGGCCUCUGGGGAAGUGCGUGCACUGCGUUCCUCUAGAGCCUUUCGACGAGGACUACCUAAAUCACCUGGAGCCUCCCGUGAAGCACAUGUCCUUCCACGCCUACAUCCGGAAGCUGACCGGAGGGGCUGACAAGGGGAAAUUUGUUGCCCUGGAGAAUAUCAGUUGCAAGAUUAAAUCAGGGUGUGAGGGACACCUUCCAUGGCCUAAUGGCAUCUGUACUAAGUGCCAGCCAAGUGCCAUCACGCUGAAUAGACAGAAAUACAGACAUGUGGACAACAUCAUGUUUGAGAAUCAUACAGUUGCUGACCGCUUCCUUGACUUCUGGAGGAAGACAGGGAACCAGCACUUCGGGUACUUGUAUGGACGGUACACGGAGCACAAAGACAUUCCUCUUGGUAUCAGGGCUGAAGUGGCUGCGAUUUAUGAACCUCCUCAGAUUGGUACACAGAAUAGCUUGGAGCUUCUUGAAGACCCAAAGGCUGAGGUGGUUGAUGAAAUUGCUGCCAAACUUGGCCUGAGGAAGGUUGGCUGGAUAUUUACAGACCUUGUCUCGGAAGAUACCCGAAAGGGUACAGUUCGAUAUAGUCGAAAUAAGGACACCUAUUUCCUGAGUUCAGAAGAAUGUAUCACUGCAGGAGACUUUCAAAAUAAGCAUCCCAACAUAUGUCGACUCUCUCCAGAUGGACAUUUUGGAUCCAAGUUUGUUACUGCAGUGGCUACAGGUGGCCCCGACAACCAGGUGCACUUUGAAGGGUACCAGGUGUCCAAUCAGUGCAUGGCGUUGGUCCGAGAUGAGUGCCUGCUGCCCUGCAAGGACGCCCCUGAGCUUGGCUACGCCAAGGAGUCCAGCAGCGAGCAGUACGUGCCUGAUGUGUUUUAUAAGGACAUAGACAAGUUUGGCAACGAGAUUACCCAGCUGGCUCGCCCCCUGCCCGUGGAGUAUCUGAUCAUAGACAUCACAACAACUUUCCCCAAGGAUCCAGUUUAUACUUUUUCUAUUUCACAAAAUCCAUUUCCUAUUGAAAACCGGGAUGUAUUGGGUGAGACACAGGACUUCCACAGCCUGGCCACCUACCUGUCUCAGAACACCUCAUCCGUGUUCCUGGACACUAUCUCGGAUUUCCACCUCCUGCUAUUCCUGGUCACCAAUGACGUCAUGCCUCUGCAGGACAGCAUCAGCUUGCUGCUGGAGGCUGUGAGGACCAGAAAUGAGGAGCUCGCCCAGACGUGGAAGAAGUCUGAGCAGUGGGCCACCAUCGAGCAGCUCUGCAGCACAGUCGGUGUGCAGCUUCCAGGCCUCCACGAGUACGGAGCCGUCGGGGGCUCUGCACACACCACCUCAGCCGCCAUGUGGGCUUGUCAGCACUGCACCUUCAUGAACCAGCCAGGCACCGGCCACUGCGAGAUGUGCAGCCUCCCCAGGACCUAGGGCUCCCGGGCCCUGCUGCCCGGACUGGGCCCACCCUAGCCCUCUCUGAAGCCAGGAUUGUUGCAACCAUGCCCCACCGCAGGCAGCCCUGAAGGCGAGGCGGGGGCGGCUGCCCUGGGGGUCUCUGACCCAUGAAGCUUCUCAGCACCAGGCUUCCCUGGAGGGAGGGAGCCAGGCUGGUGCUCUUGGGCUGAAACCAGUCUCUUGGUGGAGGCACCGUAUGGCCCCAUCCGGAUGCCCUGCAGCAGCUCCUACUGUGGUAGAAGGACUAGGUGCCUCUAAAUCAUCACCUGGAAUUGAGGGGGUGGGAGGGCUUGCUGGCACCAUCCAGCUUUCUUUUUUCCUUCCUUUGGAUGCUUUUGGUUCCCAUGUUUUUGGUUGGGAGCUCUUGGUGACCUCUGUACCCCGUUGCUCUGGGGCAGACCCUGCCUGUGAGGGCCACCUCUUCCCCUUCCAGUAGCCAUCGUGUGGUGGAAAUGCGUGGCCACGAGCUUGCUGGUCUUCUGUCGCUUGGUCUGCAGGUGAAUCUGCUGCCCGCCCUUUCCUGCUCUCACCCAGCGUCCAGGGGGGACUUUAAAGUCUGCUUUGGUUGUAAUAAUAGUUACCAGUAAUUCCUGCAAAGAAGACUUUUAUUUAUUUAUUUUUUAAGAUAAAAACUGCA